GCGCUACCAGCGACAGUGAGUGUACCACGGCGAUCGCGGUUUAGUGAUCGUAGUACUUUAGUACGGGACGGCAACGAAUUGCGCAAGGGAACGAUCGUGACAGGGAACUCGUGUACGUUACGUACGCACAGAGUGCGUACAAAACCGCGCCCACAAUUCGGAUCUAGAGCCGUGUCUGCAGGCGAGUGCCGGUUUUUUUUCGCCGAUCGCGUCGCGUCGCUGCUUCUUACGACAAGGAGAUUUAAUAAGAUCCUUGAUACGAUCCAUCGAUCGGCGUCGUUUGCCGUUUGGUGAUCUAAGAGAGGGGCAGGAGGGGGGGAUCUCUGAGUGACGCGGGAUUAUACUUCGGGCGAUUCGGUUUUCGAAUCAAUCUUGACGCGUACCUGCAGUAACGGCUGCUCCGAAAAGAAAAAAAAAUGACCGCGGUAUAUUCGUUUGUGAUGAAAAACGAGAGGGAUUCGGAGCGCGAAUAACGGCGGCGUUACGCUUCCAGUUCGUUGUUCGUUUGUUUCCUCGCGCAUAAAAAAGUUACCGCUAGAAUUCGAAUUCCGCGUCUUAGGGUGAUCGCGAAUAGUGCAAGUGUUGCGGAAGAGAGACAGUUUUAUUUAUCACGAAGAUACGAACGAGCAUCAAAUGUUCCUUUAUACAGAUAAUAUAUGCCUUCGAAGCUCGUGUCUAAGUUUAUACUCAGUGUGAAAAUAUAACAUAAUUACGCGAUAGUGAGCAAACAGAAAGAUGUCUAACGCAUACGGAUCGUCGAAUGACACAUCAAGGAUUAGUCGGCGAUAAGACUGGGUGAUUCCUUGCGUGAAGCAAAAACUUGAUCUCGACAUGAGUGCCUGUCACGGAUCGUUCUACUGUGUAUACCUGGUCGUAUAAUGCUCAAUUGGAAUAUGUGUUCAUUUAUACGUGUAAUAUCGAGAAAUCGCACGAUGAAAUAUUGUAAUGACGCCAAUUUUAUCCCAAUGUUAAUUGUUUGAGACUUUUCCCGCUCGCCGAUAGCGAAUAAAGGACAACAAAGAGGCAGGCUACGUCUCUUUGAUAAAUUCUAUACAGUGACAUAUAAUAAACCGAUGAUUCGAACCACUUGACGACAGAAGUAUGCGCCGAAAAAUGCAUUGGUUAGGCAUUUCGCUGCCGAUUCUGGCCGUCAUAACCGGAGUCCGGUUAGACGACAGAUAUGAACAAACGUCCAUUUAUUAUACGGAACCGACUGUGCUGCUGAACAAUAGCGUGAUGAGCAAUAAUGGCGGUCUACAUGAAUUGCACGGUGGUCGCGUUGUUCGGGGUGAAAGGAUACUGCCGAUAUCGAAGAGUCCUUAUUUGCUGCGCGAGGAUUUGUUCAUCGAAAGAGACGGCAAGCUCGUCAUAGAACCUGGUGUGGAGAUUCGCUUCGCUCCGAUGAUCGGCAUCACCGUUCGCGGUAUCAUAAGUUCAAAGGGUGAAACACACGCGCCGAUUCUCUUGACUGCGGCUGAAGUGGAAACGCAAGUUCCAGCUCUUCAAACAUCACCUUUGAUACGUCUUGUCGACGGUCCGAAUCCGUUAGCAGGUAGACUGCAGCUUUUUCAUCGAGAUAGCUGGCGUUCCGUUUGCACAAACUCGCGAAAUUGGACUCGUGCAGAUUUGGAGACAGCUUGUCGGCAACUCGGUUAUCAGGGCGGACAGUGGUGGUCCUGGAUCGAUAGACAAUGGCCCUCCAAGCCGCGCCUUCUUUACGAGGAACCAAGUUGUCGUGGUACCGAACCUUCGCUGAUGAACUGCGAACGUUGGUCAGAAAGACAAUUGGGUGCUGGUGUUUGCGAUUAUCAUCCAGACUUGGGUAUCUCUUGCCUGCCUCAUCACGAUGGUACAACCAAGGCGAUUAAGCAUUGGCGAGGAAUACGAUUCGAGAAUGCAUUGUAUGACAAAGCACUAAUUCAAGGGAAUACACUUUAUGUGCGUCACUCGAAAUCUAUUUUGCGAAACACAGUAAUCGAAUAUGCUGGGACUGGAAGAGAAUAUAAUCUAACGUCGGCAGUUCACGUGAAAGGGGUACCACCGAUAAUGGAGUCGAUUUCUGUUCUUCAUUCUGCCUACACAGGUAUCAAUGUUACCUCACCAGAUGCACCAGUCAUGAUAAACAACUGUACCAUGCAAUAUAAUAGAGGUUACGGGAUUUAUGUAAAUAGUUCGUCCGGUAUGACGAAUAUCAAUGAUUGUACGAUACUUGAAAAUGGAGCGGAUGGAAUAAAGUAUGUGCACUCGGAUGAACGACCGGACGAUAAGUUGGAUCGUACCGACGUAUUUGAUCUGUGCACCUUUCCUAUGACGACUAGUCAAACCUUUCCUGUCAUUAUAUCCAUGGAACAGAAUAAAUAUGCCCAUGUAAAACAAUGUCCACAACUUAUCUUUACAACGCCGGGGCAUGUUCUGACGCUGCAUUUUUUGCAAAUGCGAACCGACAGAAACGACAGCGCCGUUGUGGAAGUGUACGAUGAUAUGCGUGGGAUGGAAAAACCCUUGGCUAAAGUUAAGGUCAGAAAUGGAACAUUACCGCGUGUAACUUCGACGAGUCAGUAUCUCUUCAUAAAAUUUGUAGCUGAAGCUCGAACAGACACUAUUGUGUUUGUGCGAUUGUCGUCAGGUUAUAAAAAAACGUAUGAUCUCAAUGUAACUGGCAGUACGAUAGCAGGCAAUAAUGGCCGCGGUAUUGUCGCAGAGAAGCUUAGAUCCGCCUUAUACAUUCAUGAGACUUCAGUAUCGAAUAAUGAACACGUGGCCGGUGUUCACGUAUUAGGUGGCGCAAUGGAUGUCAACAUCACCGACAGUCGUAUUUCGUUUAAUCAAGGGGACGGUGUUAAUAUCACCGUUACAGGUGGCAAUCGUAACGUAUCACAUAGCAGUAUAUCGUCUAAUAGUGGUUUCGGUUUUGCGGUAUGGUUGAACGACAGCUCCGCUACUGAAUAUGUGCAUUUCAAUCAGUCGACUGUGAUCGAAUAUUCACAGAUUUUUCGUAACAAGGAUAUUGGUGUUCUGAUCGGCAAUUCAACCGGCAAUUCAUACGUAAAUAUAACAGGCAACUGGUUUAACACCAGUCUUGAGACAGCGCUACAAGUGGAAUCCAGUUGGAGGAAAGACAAUGGUUUAAUGAGAGUUCAGAUCGGACACAACUCGUUCAUAAGAAAUGCGAAAUUGGGGAUUCAGCUAAGUCCAGCGCUCAAUCUCGACGCUAUUAUAGAAUACAAUCACUUUAGAGAACAAGUGAGCGGUGGAAUUCUGAUAAAAAAUCCUAUCUACGAGGAAUUUAAUGUUUUGCCUGCAAAGAUUGUGAUUCGAUAUAACGAGUUCUACAACAAUUGGGGCACUUUUGUAGUUAAUGUCGGUUUAUCGCCUUACAGCGAUGUGCAAAACGUUCUCUUUACGAGGAACUUCUUGCGCGAUAAUCAAGUCAGAGAACUAUUUGACAAUGGCAACAUAUUGAAUGUCAAAUUGAUUCCACGCUCAAGAGUAGCCGCUGUUAUUGUUAUUUCUUCAAGCAAUGUCGAAGUUUUCCGUAACAUUUUGCACAAUCCUGAAUCGCGUUACGAGAUCGGUUCCCACUUGGAAGACCAAAGUAAAGUUAUCAACUGCACUUAUAAUUGGUUGGGAUCUGGAGAGGAGAAGAAAAUAUUUGAUCGAUUAUUCCACAGGAAAGACAGAUAUAAUCUCGCUAAGCUCGAGUAUCUGCCUUACUUGCUGCAUAGCAGUAACCCCGGCGCGAACACUAUAAUUCCAAAUCCGACGUUUGUCGCGCAAUUUAUUACACCUGGCACAAAUCUAGUCGGUGGCGAGGUUGACGGUCACGAGGAAUUAAGGGCCGGGGAAUACAUUGUCGAGCGUGACAUCAAUGUAAGGCCAGGCGGCAAAUUAAUAUUGCAACCAGGUGUCACCCUACGCUUUCCACCGUCCAUCGGAAUAAUGGUGGCCGGCAAAUUCGACGCGCGUGGUAAGAAACCUAGCGACAUCUUAUUUACUUUGAAGGAAGAGCUCCCUAUAACCGAACCGGAUAACGAAACUCUCACCGUGGAAGAAGAUAUCAAUCAAAUUGACAAGAUGGAGUCCGUAAUACCAGUAAGACUUCUCGGUGGCAGAACGAAUCUCGAAGGAAGAUUACAGGUAAAAAUCGGAAAUAAAUGGGGAACUGUUUGCAACUAUGGCUGGACCAUUUUGGAUGCGGCGCUUGUUUGUCAUCAAUUAGGUUUUAUUUUGGAUUUUGAGAAUUGGUUUAUGGAACUCAAGAUACCGAAUGCGGGAAUCAAUGAGGAUAUACUUCUUAGCAAUGUUCGGUGCACCGAGGAUGAUAAUGAUAUAACGAAAUGUCGGGCGGAGAAAGAACAAGAUUUCGAAAACUCAUGUACUCAUUCGAACGAUGUCGGUGUUAGGUGCUUGGAUGUGGCAUGGGCGGGUCUGAGAUUGGGUCCGUUGGCUCAAAGAUGUGAUUUGCAAUACGUGACAAUCGAAAAGGCAGGCCUGCUGGAUUAUAAAACAAAUUCAUUUAAGCCAGCUUUGCAAAUUGAUUUUGCUCGGCAUUCGUUGGACGGUGUCAAGGUCAUUAACAAUCUGCAAGAUGGAUUGGGAGUUUUGUAUUCCGACAUAUAUUCAGCGGACGCCGUAAAUAUUGCGAUGAACAGCGAUUUUUCCCAAAAUGGGGGGAGCGGUAUCAGUUUCAAGCAACUGGGGAUGCGAAUAAUCAGCUCGCGAAUUGAGAGCAACAAGGUCGCCGGAAUAAGACACAAUCCCGCACUCUCGGCGAUUCAGCAGAGAGAAUUUGCGGGAUGGUUCUUGCGCGUUCCGGACAGCACGAUCGAUUCGCCUUACGAUCCUGUAAUCUUACCGGAAACGAAUGAGAAUGUUCAACUAGCUAACGGAGAAACCAAAUACGUUAUAACGACUAAAGUAACCGCUCGCAAACCCGUUCGUCGUACCAUAAAUAUUAAAUGCACUCCUGGCUACGUAAUCGGUAUCCAAUUGCUAAAUCCAAUCGAGAAUCAAAGCACAGAACAAAUCAUACUGUAUGACUCGCAGCAUCUUAAUAAUAAUCAGAUGAGCUGGCACGUAAAACGGGAUCUAAGCGUUUUUCCUGUCUCAUCCAGCUCGUAUGUAGUAAUUUUAGAGUACCAAAGUGGCGAGAAUGCUCUCGGUGGAGCUGUCAUGGCUAUCACAUCGAUCUUAUCUCCAGCGCAGAACAUACGCAAUAAAAUAGUGAGCGGUCCUAUUCCUUCGUUGAUAAUCGCAAGAACAAAAAUCAAGAGCAAUCAGAAAGGCUUACUCGCGUUCUACUACAAUCGUUAUUUGAACGAAAUUGGAGAUUACUUUCUCCGAAAAGCGAACGAGACUAUACAAUUGAUCGGAUGCGAGAUAUCGCACAAUCACGAAGAGGCCAUAUACGUGUAUUCACCUCACUGGAACAUCUUCCAGUCAAAUCUGUCCGAAAUCUCGAUCUAUAUAAAUGACAGUUUGAUCACGGACAACGGUAAAGCGAUUCAUCAGUUCAGCCGUGACGCAAGACACUCGAACAAUCUCUUUCACUGGAUAAUGCAGGACACCACCGUCGAAAGGAAUCGUGGAGGUGGAUUCGAGGUGUUGCUACCGGACGUCUGGCAGUAUAACGAGAAUUUUACUCAUUCCUUGUACUUCGGUAAUAACACCUGGCGCAACAACGAGCAGUUCGGCUUCGUGGUGGACGGUCAUUUCGCCCACCUAAACAUAUCGUACAAUCAUUUCGACAGCAAUCGCUGCAAGACUGGUCUGAUAUCCGUGCGCGGGAUGGAAAAGAAGAUCAGGAUCAACAAUAAUCGUAUCGAGGGCAAUAGUGGCGCUUACAUGGUCGAAUUCCGCGCGAACAGUCAGUCCGAGAUCCUCGGCAACGUCGAUGCGCGUUUCUAUUACAACGAGAUUAAACGAAACACGUACGACUAUAUCGGGAUGGGACCGCGACAGACAUUCGACGAUCCUAGCUACGUUGUCGGUUUUCACGGUAUACAGAAGGUACUGGUUAAUAAAAAUUUAUUCGGUGAGAAUUCGUUGGAUUAUGAAUUAUUGGCGGGUAUCAGAACUGCGAUAAUUAAUAACGAAGUAGACGUCAUGGAAAAUUGGUGGGGCACUGCUGAUGAUGCUAUUAUCAGACAGAGAAUUUUUGAUUUUGACGAUUGGAAUGAUCAUGCCGUAGCCAAUUAUCGGCCAUACUUGAUGCGCGACUCAUUCGAUUCACAUAUUUCUGCUUCGUGGCAUACAAGUCACAUCGACUUGGAUAAUUUGGGUGGUCGUAUAAUAGAGAAUCUUUCAUUGCACGCGAGACCCGAGCCUUACGUAAUACGUUCCGACAUCACGGUUAUGCCGGAAGCUACAUUGCACAUCUAUCCUGACGUCGUGAUGGAGUUCGCUCCUAACGUUGGAAUUCUCGUCCUUGGAACGUUGAAAGCUAUAGGUGCGCCCGGCCACGAAAUCAUUAUGAGACCGAUGAAACGAGUAGAUGCAAGUGUAAAUUCCACAUUCGUCAAGUUAGCGCCGAUAAAGAAUUCUCCUAAUCUCGUUUCAAUGUCCGAUGAAACGAUUCGUUUAUGCAAAGAUGGACGCUGCUCUGCAACCAAUAAUGAAGGAUUUUUGGAGUAUUUUAAUAGAACGACUCUUCAAUGGAUCCCUAUAUGCGAUGAGCGAUUUACCGAGCGAAAUGCUCAAGUGGCAUGUCGGCAACUUGGUUAUGAUACUCUCAAUGUCUACGUAUCGCACGAUCGUAGAUAUGAACUUCAUACUGGAUCAUUGACGCGCGUCUGGUUUUGGCCUGAACCGCUGCAGUGUUCUGGGAAAGAGCAGAGUCUAGAAGAUUGCCAGAUCAGAUUGAACGGUCAGUUGUUCGGUCACCGUCACGAAUGUUCGUGGGACGGACCGUUUGUCUUUUUGCAUUGCGGCGAGCGAAACUUGAACGACGCAUACGAUUAUUGGGGCGGAAUACGUAUUGCGAACAGCGAAUUCGAGCAUCAUCUGUACGAGCACCGCAUACACAACAUUGUGACCCAUGAGACAAUUAGACGUAUCGAGUCGGUUCUCAAGUUCAUCAAUAUAACCGGCGCUGGAAUUUUACACUACGAAAAAUCGUCCGCCGUACAGUCCAUCAUGAAAUCUCCAGCGAUAGUACACGUUAAUAUAGAUCGCAGCGCUUAUCACGGCAUCAAUGUCGUAUCUCCCACACACACGACGGAAUUAUUAUUUAAUACAAUUACUAAUGUCCUCGGAAAUGGCGUGAAUGUACUAUCCUUGACGGGAGAAGGCCGCGAAGCGGAUGAGAGCUCGUUCACGCCCGUAAAGGAUCUCAAUAUUCCUUAUUAUUUGUUCAGUAUGGUCGACAUAUGUGACACCGCUAAAGAAAUCACGAUCGAAGAACGCGUGAUUGUCUACUACAAAUAUGAUAAUCAUCCUGUGAAUUGUGUGAAAAUCUUCCGCAGCGCUUAUAGAGCUAAACCAUUUGGAUUUAGACUUUUACAGUUCAAUCUUUUCAACUCCACUGGAAAACCGGGCCGUGCCGAUGCUAUAACUUUAUAUGAUGGAGACAUUUACAAUGUCACUACCAAGAGAAUUGGCCACUUGGAGGUUAACACUUCUGAUGAAAAGAAAUUCUUCAGAACGCACAAUCCCAGUCUUAGUAUAAGGUUCUUUGCUAAUGGCGCCAGUAAUGUACAUGGAUUUAUCGCGGAAAUCGUGACUCUUCCGAUAUCUGCUAUUGGUUUUAAUCGUGACGUGCAGCACAACAUUUCCUAUUCUGUGGUAUCAAAUUGUCGCGAGGGCGCCGUAAAAUACGCAAGUGCCGGCGAAGUGAAUGCCAUAAUGACGCUCGAGCGUAAUCAGUUUAUAAACAAUUGUCAAAAGUUAUACGGUAACUUCUCCACCUGUAAAUCCGCCUUAUGGCUCGAUGUUCAAAACACGCAAUCGCUCUAUUUCAGGAACAAUUUGGUGCAGAGGAAUCAAGGCGGUCUUUCCAUUCGCGCCGAUUCAAGAGGCUCGGCCACAUCCCUCAAGGGAUGGAUUCAUAAUAACCUUUUCACGGAAAAUUUCAAUAAACCAGCAUUAUAUGUCGAAGGUCGUCAAAGUAGUCCUUAUCAAGAAGUCACUAUAUUCAGAAAUUACUUUACCAAAAAUGAUGCUCCCUAUGACAAUAACAUUGUUUUGAAGCAAGUGGUCAGUAAUAUGACGCUCAAUUAUUUACAUGGAAACCUCGGUAUGCAUUUAUUAGAGAUCUCGGGAUUCGAAAGAGUUCGUUUACCUAUUUAUCAAAGCACGUCUCACAAUGGCUUUUACAAAAAUUAUGCGGUGGAUCGCGAAGGCCGUAGCACUAUUGUUGCUGGUACUCCCGGACAGCAAUAUGUUGAUAAUGUGUUCUUUAAUCCUGACAAUGAUUAUGAAAUGCUCACGACAAACAGAUCUCACCUAUUAGAAAUGUGGAGCUCUCACAUAGACGCGCGUUACAAUUGGUGGGGAUACAACGAGACUUUGGCGGUGGCUGGGCGUAUCAGAGAUCGUAGAGAUUUGCCCGAGCUAUUGAAGGUCGAUUAUCAACCUUAUCAUAUGAAUAAUAAGUCUGUAUUAAGCGGUAAAUGUCCGCCCGCUUGGGACCUCGUCGGUGAUACGUGUUAUAUAUUAAUCGGCGCCCUUAUGGACUUCUACAGCGCACGAGAUUUUUGCAGAUCGGUGAACGCAUCGAUGCCCUAUAUUAUGGGGGAUUAUCUGGACCUCUGGAGAUUUGCGCGCAAACAACAAGAACGGUUUGAUUAUUCGGAGCGUGUUUGGGUGCAGCAACUAGAACGAGUUGACCAAUGUACAGUGUUUGCGUAUCAAACCAUUGAGAUUGAUCAUUGCGCACAACCCAAUCCGUUCAUUUGCGAGAUCGAUCCGAGAGUCAACAUCGACCCUCUAUCAUGGAGAAAAGAUAUUGUUGCGGUAGGUGUUUUAGGAGCUCUUGGCGUUGCGCUUGCAUUGCUAACUGCGGCCAUCGCGUUAUGGGUAUCCAAAUCAAAGAAGCGUAAACUUGAGAGAUUAGAGCGACGUAAUUCCAUCAGACAAUCUUUACACUCUCUACGAUCAAUCGGUUCCACAUCUGGCUUUACGGAGCUCGCUUAUCGGCGGAAACCUAUCCCGAGCAAACAUUCCACGGACACGUUGAACUCGAAAUCGUUGGAUUACAAGCGCAUGCUGAACGGUAGCAGUCUGGACUCGAUGGACAAGUCUCAAUUAAAUUCCUCGAUAGAGGACAAUCAGAGUUACGACGUAUACGAAGCCCAUAAUCUGCGAUAUUCGCCGAGUACAAGUGACUUCAAGAACACAGCGCAUAAGCACGGCGCAGCACAAACCGUCGACAACCCAGUCUUCGAUUUGGCGUAUCGCAACGAAGGUUUCCGCAAUCAUUCCACCUUCACGGCGAGGGACACCGCAGCCGGGGUCGCGUCUAACUGGCCGUCGCAACCGAACGUACAGUCGACCUCGAUUGACCAGGAGAGUCCCAGAACAGUGGACCUCAACCACGAAAGUUCAUAUCUCAACAACGCGUCCACGCUACCAUUACACUCCAGUCUCGGUUUCACCGACUCGAUGAGCGAGUUGAAGCAUAAUAUCGAGGCGUCGACUGCGUACGAUCCUGUGGAAUAUGACUCGAGACGCGCUUACACGGCCACGUUGACGCCGAGUCAAGCGUCCGAGCCUGUUCCGGAGUACUCGUCAGAGUUUCAGCCGCCUAUACCGCCGCAUCCGUACAGCUACGAGGUCGAGAGCAGGCCUAGGAGCGAGGCGCUGCUGGAGACCAACUUUGACAUAGGCGAGGAGAAGCCGCUGCGCUCCAAGAGCGAGGCCCUGCUCGAAACCAACCUGGAUGCAUUUUUGAUCAGCGAACCCACGGAACUCACGCAACUGUCGGCAACUGCGCGAAGUAAGAGUCAACCGCUGGAAACAGCGAUGUAAUUGCUCUUAUAUGUCCCGUUCCCGCGGGUAUAGGGUAUCUCCUUGGAGGUUUCCCCUGCGUUACCAAAAGAAAAAAAGGGUUAAUAUAGGGUUAUAGAUCAGCGUUGUCUGUAAUUUGGGUGCACGACCAAAGGGUGUGCCAAAUGUCUUCUUUUAACGACGAACACUGCCAGUUAUUGCACAAUCAAAUAUUUUAAACCAUUCGUGUAGGAAACAUGCUUGCGUGAUGAGCAACGAAUUAAAAUUGUUAAAAUCUACACGCAACUACUGCUCGAAAGUAGUCGGAGACAUGGGAUGCUUCAUCUUUAGGGUGAUGCGUUGGCCCAAAAUAGGAAGGAAUGCAUAUAUGCGUUCAAUUUUCGGAUUGAGGACUAUGAUGAUGAUGACAUGUAACAGGGUGGACGCAUAGAUAGAAUUGAUAUUCGAUUGAAUGUGUUUAACACAUUGGACACAUUGCCUUUGUUGAGCAGUUGAAUAUAGGACUCUCUUAUUGAUCAAUUAUGCUGGUUAUCCAAGGCACUGGUUGAUAUGAAUUGUCCAAUAGUAUUGUGUCUAAAUGAAGCUCUUGUCGCACAAUAUACAAUAAAUUUUAAUUAUUGUUACAUGAAAUGAAUGAGAAUGAACCGACAAAUAACAAUAUAUACACAGAAAGAAUAUACACACAGAACACUGAUUUUUGUUAUUAGAUAUAAUAACUUAGACAAGCACAAAAAGGCCAAAAAGACAUCUUAAAGACAUUUAGAGAUGUUUAAGGGACUGUGAGACGUUUACGUUGUUUUUUAGAAACAAAUGCAGUCUAAGAACUGAAAAAAAAACUUUACAUUUCACGUAAAAGUUCAUGAAAUUGUAAUCUAAUACGUAUAUACACACAUUAAGCUAUUUCAGUAAUUAUAAAAUAUUUAACGUAGUAAGUGAUUUUUGAACAAAUCGACAGAAUUUGCGCUUGAAAUGAUUACAUAUGCGAAUGUAAUAUUUUACAGUUUUACAUAAAUUUUCAAGCGAUUUUUGAGAUUUUUUUGUAAUUGAAAAUAUAGAAAAUGUUCCACGUACAUGAUUUCGCUGAAUUAGAUCUAUUUUUUUAAAUUUUGAAACUUCAGAUUCAAAGUGGUUUCUGGCGAUUUUAUUGCUUUAAAAAUAAAAAAUAACUCUCUGAUUUUUAUGUCAUCGAUAUCUUGUUAAAGGAAUUUAAGAGUAGAAUGUAGAAAAAGUACAUUUGUACUGGCGAUUUUAUUGCUUUAAAAAUAAAAAAUAACUCUCUGAUUUUUAUGUCAUCGAUAUCUUGUUAAAGGAAUUUAAGAGUAGAAUGUAGAAAAAGUACAAAUGUACUUUUUCACCACCAAGGGGCACUUUAAAAUGCAAAAAUUGAAGAUGAAAUUAGGAUGAGGGUAAAUUGCAAUUUGUCGUAUUGUUUUUAAUGAAAAUUACGAUUCCUGUAUUCUGAAUUCAUAUUUAUUAGCACAUUUAUAUUGCUAACUUUAAAAGAGCAGAUAUAUAAUAUUUCAAUAACAAAAUCUAUCAUAUUCUUAUCGUACAAUUACGAUCUUUAAUUCAGGAGUACUGUACAAUCAUUGAUUAUCAUAUGGCUUUAUAUUUACACUUAACACUUUAAUCUACUUAUUUUAAUGCGAUUUGCAUUUUUUAUACUUUUUACACUUCUGUACUAUAAAAUCGAGGAAAAUUAAGAAUUUAUCUAAUAUCAUUGUAUAUAUGUAUUUUGUUAGUAUGAAAAAUGUCUAUUAAUCACAAAUAGUCAGUCCUAUUCAUACACAUAUUUAUGCGUGUGUUUUGAUCCUUUUAUGUCUAAUAUCAGCUCUUUCAUAGGCAGCUAAAAAUGCUACAUCUAUAUAUAUAUUUUUUUGUCUACGGAAAAUUCUUUAAUAA